AUGGAUGAAAACGAUGUUAUUAUAUCAUCUACAGAAAUAAUAAAAGACAGACUUUACUUUGCGACUCUCAAGACGGGGUACAAACCGAAACCGACCAGGAACAGCAAAUACUUCCACAUCGAAGAUGACAUCGUCUACGAGAACUUCUACUUCGACUUUGGACCUUAUCACCUGUGCCACUUGUACCAGUUUUGCAAGAAGCUCAGCGAGGAAUUGGAAAAGAACCCCAGAAAGAAGAUCGUCUUCUACACCAGCAACAACGAGACGCUCAGACUCAAUGCGGCUUAUCUUAUUGGAUGCUAUCAGAUAAUCUACCUAGAUGGCAACCCGUCGGCAGUGUACAAGCAGUUGACCGAUGGCUCCGAUUGGUCGCUCCUCAACUUCAGGGACGCUUCAGGCGGUCCGCCUCUCUUCGACAUCUCGCUGCUUGACGUGUUAAACGGAAUGAAGGUGGCUCACGACGCGCGUUUCUUCGACUUCGAACACUUCGACGCUGAGCAGUAUUUAUUCUAUGAGAAAGUCGAAAACGGCGACCUGAACUGGAUAGUACCCGGCAAAAUGCUCGCAUUCUCUGGCCCUCAUCACCGCUCGAGACUCGACCGCGGCUACCCUCUACAUAGUCCUGAACACUACCACCAGUACUUCCGAACGCACAAUGUCACCACAAUCGUGCGACUCAACAAGAAGUCCUAUGACGCUAGGCAGUUCACUUCACACGGCUUCGAGCAUAGAGAACUGUUCUUCGUGGAUGGAUCGGUCCCUUCCGAACUGAUCGUUAACCGGUUCAUCCGGAUAUCAGAGAUUGCCAAGGGCGCGGUCGCUGUGCAUUGCAAGGCGGGCCUAGGUCGCACGGGGACAUUAAUAGCAUGCUACAUGAUGAAGCACCACGGGUUUAGUGCCCGCGCAGCCAUCGCCUGGCUGCGGGUCUGUCGGCCCGGCUCCGUCAUCGGCCACCAGCAGUGGUUCCUGGAGACAAUUCAGCCCAGAAUGCAUGCGGAAGGCGAGGCGUUCAGACGUCGUCACAAUAUCGCCGCGUUCCCAGUGUUCACUCGAGGCAUCUACAGUGAUCUUCCACCAGAGCCCAAGAUAGAGGAGAAACCCGUGUCGCUGCAGACCAUUCUUACCAAUAACAAGAAUACUAACAAGCUGGACAACGCUAACGUUCUGAACGCGAACGAGACCGACUACGAAAACAACGUAACCACAGUAAUCGGCAGAUACAAGACCACGCCCACACCGAUGUUGCCAAAAACGUUCACGCCCAAACUGAACUAUAUGUUGCCAACGAACAACAUUAGAAACGCUGGCAAUACUAAUUUGAAGCCUCAGCCGAGGAAUAUAAACGCCGCUUUGAAGACGUACGCGGCCAAAACUUCCACUUUUCCGCCAACCAGAAGUGCCAACUCGCAAGCCAGUAAGCUGGCAAGCGCCAAACCUUUUACGGGUAAAAGUAGCUUCCACGGUCAACGCGCUAACUUGGCGCGGCCCGCCCUGGGUUAUACGCACGGCAGCAGUCCCUUAAAGAGUUUCUCCCGAAAAUCCCCCACCAAAAUCCCCCCUGCAGACGCAGCAAACGCCAAUUCCAUAACAAGCGUCACCACCACCCUCUCAGCUCUUACAGAGAACUGUCAUCUCAAUGGAAAAAACCGACUACCUUCCGAACCCAACCUCAAAUCAACCGCUACCACGAAACCGAGCACAAACUCGACCACACGCAAAAAACUCAUCGUCCGCUCCAACUCGAAUUCACGCAAAAAGCUCCCCAAAUCCAACGCGGCAAAGACUAAUUUAGAGUCCGCUCAAGAUUUGUCGUCGAGUGAUACGAACGUCACAAACAUUUCCGCGGAUUCCCUCGAGACUCCUUUCAGGUUUAGACGGAAAAGGGACAAGUCUAAUAGCCCCGAACCGAUGGACUGUAUAUCCAAUUCGGUCAUAACCGCUGACGUCACGCCUGAUAAUUAUGAAGAGACGAACAACUCGCAAGGUAACAAACUGUAUAAAAUCAAAGCUCUGAGGAAGAAGUGCCCUGCGUUCGGAGUUAGUAUGUUGAAGAAAGAUGGCAUCCAAACGCGAUCGAGUAGCUGUACCAGUAGUAAUGCGACUGUCAAAAAGAAAUGAUCCAUGUGAAACGGCCGUCUCGGUGAGUUUGCACAUAGUAGUAAAGGUUUUAUUCGUUUUAUUAAUAAAUGUGCGUAGCACUCUUGACGCGUUUGUUUAGACGCUCUCUCUUCACCCAAAAUAAAAAAGGAAUUAGUUUACCCUUUUUUUUCGAAUAGAUCGACUGAAUUUUUCUACGAAACUUCAUAUCAAG